AUGGCCGAACCCAACCCCUGGGCCUCACCCACCGAGCAGCGGUUUAACGAUGAGCAUACGUAUACGGCGCCAGCUACCGCAGACUCCCCCACCUCAGACCAGUCUCAACCUCAACCUCUGCCUCAGCCUAUUGACACCUCUUCUCUCUCUGUACCCCCGACACCUUCCAUCCCCGAACCCCUAACUCCCUCGAGGGUCGGCUUUAUUCCGCUGGUUACUGUUGUCGAUUUCCACCACGCCAGAGGCCCCGAGGUUGAAAGGUGGUUUGGUGCCCCUGAGGAUACGGACCCCGCUGUUGACUAUGGCUGGUCCCUGUUGCCUUUCAUGGCGCUGAGCGAUGGCGCGCAUGCAUCCGAAGAAGACUUCUCAUACUUUACUCUCCUCCGCCCCGAAACCCCUGCCGGCCCCGCCACCUCCUUGUUCGGCAUAUCAUGCACUCGUCAGCUCGACGCGUCCCAGCUCAUCAACCGCCCCGCCGAGGUGACCCGAUCCACCGUGCAAAAGGCCGUCGUCAUCAUCGCCGACAGUCCCCAGGCCUUUGGUAUGCUGAGGGAGCGCCUGAGCAUUGUGACCAAGGCUUGGUUUGCCCAGCGCGAGUUCACCGAUGUCGAGAUCCUCAAGGGCUUCCAGGAGAGUCUCGCCGAUGAGAAGAGAAGGGGUCUCAUGAAGCAAGAGGAAGAGAGCAAUGACCAUAACCUCGGGAUGAGCUUGAGGGAGCUUGUGCAUGAGUUUAAAUGGCAGUCCUUGGUUCUGCUCAAGGCGUGUCUACUACAAAGAAAGAUGCUCUUCUUUGGAUCUCGUUGCGAUCGGCUGUGCAUGUUGCAAUUUUCACUCAUCUCUCUAAUACCAAACCUUAUUCGAAAUCUCCAAGACUGCGCCGAUCCAGACCUUAACGAGUACGAGAAGAAUCUGACACAGCCGACGAGCUUACGGACGAGCGAUAGAACUUCCCUUCUUCAGUACAUGGGUCUCCCGCUCCAGAUCUUUGGCAAGGGGAGCUUGUUUGGUCCGUACACACCUCUGCAGCAAUUAGAUAUUCUCGCAGACUUUGGGACGAAAUCGUACAUUGUUGGUAGCACCAACUCUCUUCUUCUUCAGCAGAAAGAUCGAUAUAGCGAUAUCCUCAUCAACCUCGACGAAAACACCAUCAACAUAACCUCUCCCUCCCUAAGGUCGGCUCUAGCGCUUACGGCGUCGGACAGGCGGUGGAUAGACUACCUCACUCAGGAGGUGAACGAGACUUGGGACGAGGCGAACCCGAACCGACCGACGACGUUGAGAUAUGUCGGCAGCGAGGAAUUCAUCCGACUGCAGUUCGAAGAGUACAUUCUCGCCCUCAUCGCCUCCGUCAAGUACCACAACUAUAUCAAGAAGAACCCCGACGACGGCAGAGUGCUAUUGCCUCAUAUCGAAGGUGACCCGGCAGCCGAUUUUGGACUUGAGUGGGUCGAGACGUGGACGAAGACGGAGAACUACCGUAUAUGGAACAAGAAUACCGACUCUCACCUCUUUGACAUCGUAGAUCCCAAGCACCCUUGCGCCGGCGGCCUCACGAUCGACGACGUGCAACGGAGGAUAGCUGAGCAGGUCAAGGAGCUCCACCUCGACGAGCGAUUCGCCCAAGGCCGGGAGGCACUCGAGCGGAACCUAGCCUUCGGUCGCGAAAAGGCCUCGACCAUGUUCAACAAGAUCUAUGCCGACAUGGAGGCCUUCCGUGAGGCGCAGCGCAAGAAGGCCGAGGAAGCCAAGGCCCAGCAGGGUAGCAGCGGUAGCAGCAACGGCGGCAGGGGAGCCGGGGCGGGUCAGCAGGCGGCCUUCACCGGCGUGGAUCUCAGCAAGGCCUCGCAGACCAUGCAGUCCGUCGGGUCCAAGGCGGGCGCGUACGUGAGCAGCUGGGCGGCGUGGGCCGGCGAGAAGCGCAAGGCUGCCGGGUGGGGCAAGAUUUCGUCGCCCAUUGGCACCGGCGGCUGGGGUCUCGGCGGCGGAGGCAAGGCUAAGGCCUCCGGGGAGGAUAACGGCCUUUUAGGUUCGCCUGUGGUUGAGGAGAAGGGCGGCUAUCAGAUGCUCGGCUCGCGGAACGGGGCGGGGUCGAGGCUGUCGGACAGCUCUACGGCCUCUACGGGGACUUACUACGCCGAUAGGGAUGAUCCCCUGAGCGGUGGUGGCAUAGGUCAGAAUGGAAGCAAUGGGGCAGCAGUGCCGCAGGAUGGUUUUGUUGCCGUGGAGAAGCCCGGAUCUCCCGUGAAGCAGGGGACAAGUGAAGCCGGUCCGAAGAAUUAG